GUAGAGAUCGUUAAGGAGGUUGAGGUGCCACAGGCUGCCCUAGGUGUCCCAGCCCAUGGGACAGGGGACAGCUGCCACAUGCCUGUGGUGGAGGAGGAGGUGGGCAUCCCAAUACCAGCUCCAGGGCUCCUGCAGGUCACGGAGAGGAGGCAGCCCCUGAGCAGCGUCUCCUCCCUGGAGGUCCACUUUGACCUCCUGGACCUCACCGAGCUGACCGACAUGUCUGACCAGGAGCUGGCCGAGGUCUUUGCUGACUCAGAUGAUGAGAACCUUACCAGUGAGUCUCCGGCAGGUCUGCACCCACUGCCCCGGGCCGGCUGCCUGCGUUCCCCCUCCUGGACAAGGACAAGAGCUGAAAAGAACCGUGAGAAGCAGCCCCUAGGGGACCCUGAGCGGCAGGCCGCAAUCCUGGACACGUUUCUCACCGUGGAGAGGCCCAAGGAGGACUAGGCCCUCUCCACCAGUCUUGAGCCACGGCAUGGCUGGGGCCAGACCACCACCACAAUGGCAAACCUGGGCAGUCUUGGCCCCACGGACACACUUCACCCUCCCGAGGCCCCUACCAUCACCUCCUGACAGUGAGUCAGGGUUGGGAUACCACCAAAAGAGGCUCCCUGCCGGUCCCUGGGCCUCCCUCGGAGGCCAGCAGGCUUCCCUGGAGGACACACUGGACCCCUAGAUGCUUCUGGGAGCCAGAACACAAGCACAGCCCAGUGGCCUUACAGAUAGCUUGCUCCUGGGCCCCGGAUCAGGUUGGUGGCACCCUGGAGUAACUGCCCAGGAUGAGACAAGGUGUGGAGCGAGCAACGGUGGCUUGGGAUGAAGGGGACCUCGGCCUACAAGAGUCACUCCAAGAACCCGAGGGUUUUCCCAGGCUGCCAUGCUCAGAAGUCAGAGGUGGAUUUGGUAGAUGAUGGGAUGCUCUGUUGUCCAGCAGAGCAGUGAUGAUUAAUGUCCACCUUGAUUUCAAUCCUGCCCCUGCCCCAUGGUCGAAUGUCGGCACCAGGGUCCCCUUCCCUGGCUCCACUCUAAGACUUGCACCCGCUUCUUUUGGUCCUUGCGUGUGACAGGCAAGGGCCCAGCCCAUCUCCUCCUUAGCUCAGAACACCAAAUAUCGCCAGACUGCCUCAGAACCGCGGUUGACACCUGGACUGCUCGUGGGGUGGGGUCCUGCAUCAUUAUGAGGCACAGCCUCAUGUCUGUUCUCCACACCCCAUGACCCAGUGCAUGGCCCACAGUGGCCCUUAGUCUCACUCAGCAGCUUUGGGGCCCACGGGUCCCUGUAGGUCUGUGUCCUUGGAGUGGCAAGGGAAGCCAACAGGCCCCACCCUCUCUGCUGAGGGUGAACAGGUGCCUGCUGAGGGCUCGAGGGGCAUGGAGUAGGCUGCCCUGGGGUGAAACUCCAGGCCCUCUGGCCAUCCUCCAGCUGCAGAAGCUGCUGUGGGACAUCUCUGCACCCAGCUCAUCCCCUCCAGAACAGGCUUCUUGCCUGACAGCAAGUCCACGAAUGGUCUUAGUAUGAAAGUUUGAGCUUGCUUCUUGUCCCCAAACUGCCCUGCCUCGUUUCUCAUGAAGAAAACGUUUCUGGGGGAAGAAAACAGGUUCCUGGUCCCUAUUCUCAUCGGACUCCUCUGGAGGGGACCAGCUUGUGCUUGCUCCCACUUCUGGACUCCAACCCCCGGGCCUCUGCACUGCUGGCAAACCCAGUUCCCUCCCAGACCAUCCCUGUGUUCCAUCACACAGACCGAGCAGCUUCCCUUUCAAUCCCAUAAAGGCAGCCGUGUGCCCCUGGCCACCCUUCACCCACCAGGGUCUUCCGCCCAUUUCCAUCCUUCCUGCUGCAGCUUCCAUAGAUCUCUUUACAAAGAGUGGGAUUAAAGUGUCACCCCGCAUCAGA